CCGGUAAUCACCAAAUUGAAAGAGUGCGAGGCUUCAAAUUCUAGUUCCUCUCCUUUGCCCCUUGCUUGGAUCUUUCUAUAUCUCUCGUCAAAUCGUCAUCAUCCCAUCAUACCUCUUACCUUUGAUUCAUGAGAUUCCUCAACCAUGUCUCCUUCUAGAGUUUCUCUACCCAACAGUACCUUGGAUCGCUUCCCUCAUAUCCACGAUGAUCCGAGUACCCUUCCUCGGUCCCUGGACCCAUUCACUAUCACCACGGCCACAGGGUUCCUGCCCUUUCUCACCUCUCCAACCCAGCUACCUUCUGUCUUCCAGCCUUUAAUGUCAUUGCUUGAACGCCUCCCUGUCGUCCGAGCAGAUGGCAACCCAGGUCUUCUUGCUACAUACGAGCUCGGUCCUGCUGUUUUGGCCGAGCUCCCUGACCUGACCGAGGAGAUCGACAAGCUGGUUACAUCUGAUGGGGCACCAGAUCUCUACAUGGUCACUGCCGCGUUCCGUGACUACUCCUUCCUUGCCUCCUCGUAUCUCCUUGAGCCAUGCUGGGAGAGUUGGUGUAGAAAGCCUGAUCAGGGCUAUGGACUCGGACGGGACGUAUUGCCUAAGUCUGUGGCUCGUCCGAUGUAUCGCUGUGCCCAAAUCCUCGAUAUACCCCCUUUCAUGUCCUAUGCAGCAGCAUACUCACUCUUCAACUACACCCUUGCUGACCCCGCCAAGGGCCUGGCUUACCCAAACCUGCGUCUUGUGCGCGCCUUCGAGAAGGGUCUUGACCCCAAGAGCUCCGAAGCCGGCUUCAUCUUGACUCACGUGGAUAUGGUGAAGGAAUCCAACGGUCUUAUAAGCGGUGCACUCAAGGUCGUCGACAACGUUGAGCAAGGCCACCGCUCGGUGGUCAACGAUGGAUUCCGAGAGAUUCUAGCUUCAAUGGAAAAGAUCGAAGCCUCAAUGGAAGACAUGUGGGCCAACUCCAAGCCACACGACUAUCUCUCAUUCCGUGUGUUUAUCUUCGGAAUCACCUCCCAAUCCAUGUUCCCGAAUGGUGUCAUCUACGACGGAGUCCUCAACAACCAGCCACUAUUCUUCCGCGGCGAGAGUGGUGCUAACGACAGCAUGAUUCCCCUCCUCGACCAUCUCUGCCAGAUUCCAAUGCCCUCCACUCCGCUCACCAAGAUCCUACACGAGUUCCGCGCCUACCGGCCCCUGCCCCACCGCGAAUUCCUUGCCUUCAUGAAUUCCAAAUCCGAAGAAGUCGGCACCCGCAACUUUGCCGUCCAAGACACCGAAACUGCUAUCCUCUUUCUCAAGACUCUGAACCACGUCCGGAGCUUCCGCUGGAGGCACUGGCUCUUUGCCCGCGAGUAUAUCAUCCGCCGCACUCCUCAUCCGACCGCCACGGGAGGUAGUCCCAUUGUUACCGUAAGUCUCUUUCAUCUUUCCCUCCCUCCAGGGCCAAAUACACCACUCUGAAAUAAGCUAUUAACCACGACUUUUUGGGGUUGUCAUGCAGUGGCUACCCAACCAGUUGUCCGCCGUGAUGGAUUUGAUGGUCUCAGUCUAUGAUACUUAUCUUGCGCCGCAGAAGGAAGGGCCGGGCGCGACGGGGCCGGAUGGGCAGACUGGAUAUGCGAGUGAGAAGUAUCUGAAACA